AUCAAACUUCAUAACAGCCAAGCUGAAUGUCAAAAAUCAUUCAAAAUAUAGUACACAACACAAAAUCUCAGAGUAGUAAUUACAAAAGCAAGUACCUAGGUACCUACCUAUUAAUUACUCUGAGCACAAAAUAGAGCCCAUAGGUCAUAUACAAAUAAUACUAAAGCUUUAAGCAUACCAUAACACUAAAUACGAAUUCUUAUUAUGGGUGACGAAAAUUUAGGUUCCAGUGAAAAAUGUAAUAGUUCCAAAAAGUUUAAAGUCAUUAUCAUUGGCUGUGGAAUAGCUGGCUUAUCCUCAGCCAACUAUUUGCUUCAAAAUGGCAUGGAAGAUUUCUUAAUAUUAGAAGCAAGAAAACGUAUCGGUGGACGCAUAAUAUCUAUACCAAUGAAGAGUCAUAAUGUUGAGCUCGGUGCUAAUUGGAUUCAUGGUGUUUUAGGAAAUCCUAUCUUUGAAUUAGCAAUGUCCCACAAUCUAGUAAAUAUAAUAAAUAUACCGAAGCCCCAUAAAGUUAUAGCAGCUACAGAAAAUGGCAAGCAAGUGCCGUUUGGUAUUCUGCAUGAAAUACAUGAGGCCUACGUAUGUUUUCUUAGGCGAUGCGAAGAGUAUUUCUUGUGUCAAUAUUUACCUCCCCCAGAUAUACACAGCGUUGGAGAGCAUAUAAAUUUAGAAGCAACUUUAUAUUUGGAGCGCUUGCCAUCUUCUGAGGAAAAGAAGCUAAGAAGACUAAUAUUUGACUGUUUGUUAAAACGUGAAACCUGCAUAUCAGGUUGCCACAGUAUGGAUGAAGUAGAUCUUCUUGAAUUAGGUAGUUAUACUGAACUUCAAGGAGGUAAUAUUAUGAUACCUUCAGGUUUUAGUUCUAUUUUAGACCCAUUAAAGAAAAACAUAAAUGAUAAAAAAAUAUUGACAAACCAUGCGGUGAGGAAAAUUAUAUGGGAUUCUGAUGUAAACCAAUCACUGAAAUCACUUGAUGAUACAGGUGAGGAAUCUGAAGAUUCUGAUCAAACUGUGAUAGAAGACAACUCUAAAAUUUCACCUGACAAAUCAUUAAAACCUAAUAUAGAAAACUCUUUACAAGAUAUGACUCAACAACCAAAGAAAAAGUACAAUAAUUAUGUUGAGAUUGUGUGCGAAAAUGGACAAUCAUUUCAUGCAAAUCAUGUAAUUUGUACUAUUCCACUAGGUGUUCUCAAAGAGAAAGCAUCAAGUUUAUUUGAACCAAAGCUGCCAUCAUACAAAAUAGAAUCAAUUGAAAAAUUAUUAUUUGGUGUUGUAGAUAAAAUAUACUUAGAGUAUGAGAGACCCUUUUUAAACCCAGAUAUAACGGAAAUAAUGCUUUUGUGGGAAACUCCUACUACACCUGAAGAUAUGUCUCAGUCUUGGUACAAAAAAAUUUACUCAUUUAGUAAAGUAUCAGAAACUCUCUUAUUAGGAUGGGUUUCUGGUAAAGAAGCAGAGUAUAUGGAAACAUUGUCUAUGGAAGAGGUGGCAGAAACUUGUACAAAAAUAUUACGAAAAUUUCUGAAUGACCCUUUUGUACCGGAACCUCAAAAAUGUGUUUGUACCAGUUGGAGAGAACAGCCCUAUACGAGAGGAUCAUAUACUGCAAUUGCUGUUGGAGCCAGUCAAAGUGAUGUAGAGAGUCUUGCUCAACCAAUCUUUAGAAAUGUACACGAUAAGAAGCCUGUUCUACUCUUUGCCGGAGAGCAUACACACAGCAGCUAUUAUUCUACGGCACAUGGUGCUUAUUUAUCAGGUCAAAUAGCAGCUCGAAGACUUCUAGCACCUGAUGAAGCGUCAGAAGGCACACUUGACUGUCCAGAUUCAGCGGAUCUCAAUUCUUGGAUACAAGGAAUACAGCUGGAAGGGUGAUAAGGUUUUACUAAAUUCAGUAUACACGAAGUGUUUUCGAAGAAAUUUGUUUUGUUGCGAUACUGGCUUCAUACAAAACAUUACUUUUACUAGUAAUAUUUUAGUAACAAAAAAGUUGCCAUUGAAUUCAUCAUCAAAUUACUUGAGAAACGUCGUCGAAUCUAUAAAAGGCAUAUGAAUAAUAAGUACCUAUAAAUUUGGAAAAAACUGAAUUAAAGGAAAACACUAAACUUUUCUAGACUGAGACACUUAUCAAAAUUAUAAAUAAUUUUACAACUCGACAUAUAAAUACGACACAAUAAGCAAUGUAUCACUAAUAGAUAACAAUCUAAACAAGGAUAUUAAUUUAUUAAAUAGGGGAUAGGUACAAUGAUAUCGUUAUAGGGGAUCUUAAUGAAAUUAAAAUAUCAUAUUGGUAACCAAAAAAUUCCUUCAAAUAUUUAAGAUUUACAUAAAACUAGCAGACCCGAGAGACGUUGUCCUGUGAAUGCAUACACAAAAAUUCAUUAAAGUCGAUCCAGCCGUUAAGUUGUAGUAUACAUAAAUAACCUAGAUACCGACUGCAGCGCCACCUUUGUGAAUUUAAACCAUCCAGGGCGCCGCCCAAACAAAUUCAUUCAAAUCGGUCCAGCCGCUUAGGAGGAAUAUAGUGACGUAUACACGUACAGUAGAAUUAAAUAUAUAAAGAUUAUUAAAGAAAAUUAAUAGUUGUGACAAUUUUACGUAUCAUGCUGAACAUCGCGGUGUAGUGCACGUUUGAUAAUUGGACCGUCAUUUAAUUUGGUCACGAAUUAUGUCACAUGUAAUGAAUUUACAUUCUGUGUUAGUACGAGUUUCUUAACGUUGUCGAUAGCGUAAAAGUUAAUCCAAAUUUUGUAUGCGGUUGGAACAACGCCUCUAGUGGUAAACGUUCCAACUCCAUACAAAUUUGAGUUAACUUUUACGCUAUCGACAACGUUAAAAAACUCGCACUAAGCACACUGCUGAGCUUUAUAGAGUAUGUAUGCUAGACAUAUUUAAAAAUAGGAGCUGUCCUGUUCCCUGUGCGCCGCGAUAGUGCAGCGCAUGAUUGAUAAUCAUCACCCGAGUAAUCAUUCACGAUAGGAACAAAUUACAGCGUGACUGCUGUAGGAAUCAUGAGCAGUCCACCAAUGAAUCAUAAGAGAAUUGUUGCUUUUCUUCUUGCUCUCAAUUUUUUCAGUUCUUUCGGUUAUGAGGAAGUCGCCAUUACGUUUCACGAUAUCGCCAUUGACUUCUGCUAUUGCAUUUAAAAACUUCGAAAAAUCGAAACAAGCACCACGUGAGAUAGUUCAAUUUAAUAAAGCUAGCCUGGUAUUACCUGGAUUUACAAGAAAUAGUUACUAGAAUCACCUGGAAUAUAUGGUUGCAAACUAUCUAGUUUACAGAUUUCUAUAAGAGACUACCGAAUGCACUGUUGAAAUGUAAUCAAUAACGAUUUAUUUAUAUUCCGAGUGUCCGGCUCAUGCGGAUUAAUGCCUUCGUCCAAAUAAGAGGCUCAGAGCUGUUGAAAUCCCGCAGAUUGGUACCAAUUUUUCUCAUCAAAUCCGUACAUUACCUGUUCAUGUAUAACUUCUACGAUGAAGGAUUGAAAUCAAAGUACUCAAAUAAAUUUGCGUAAUUUCUCGUAGUAGAGUGUAUGGUAAGCCCGCACGGGGAAGUGCCACAAGCGUUUUAUUAUACAUUUUAGACUUGGACCCCAUGUCUCGAGGAGGAUGGCGUCAUUCACUAAGUCUAGGGGUCCCGGCAAACAUUUAACGACAGAUGGACCGGGAGCUUUUCACUUGUUUAUGAAAUAGGUAAUAAUAUUAAGAAUAUACAAAAUUUUAAUGACAGCGCAGGACUUAUUGAAGUUUGUAUCGCUUGAUUCGAUAAUACAAAGCCUAUGAAACUUUUCUUCAUGCAAAUCAGAUUUUUUCUUCAUUUAAUCACUUAGACUUCAUUUAGUGGUAUAACGACAAAAAGAAUAUAAUACAUAACUCAUUAUAUUAUUAAUAAAAGCAUUGCCUAGUCACACCUCUAAAAUAUAUAUUGGGUUCCUGAACUAGGUACCUACAUAUGCAAAUUACGAUUUUUAAUAAUACAAUCGACUGAAGUGUCUGAUCUAGCAACUUUUAUUUAAAUUCUUUAAUGCGACCUUAAAGCAGAUCGAUUCAAACGUAUGCUGAAUCGAAUUGUACCUAUCGGAUCAAUCAAGAAGAUGCUUCCCCAUUUAUUAAUUAAUUUGUAUAAUAUUAAAAUUAGUACAAGUAGUAAUUUUUAUUUAAAUAAGAUUUUGUUUGUUUCUCGAGUGUGAUAUUUAAACCAUCGGGUAAUUUCUGUGCAAUUUUAGUGAACAUUAUUUCAAAUUGAAUUGAGUUUUUUUGAUCGCGAUGAGAUUAAAAUAUAAUGAAAUGUAGAUACAUAUUUAGUAGUAGGUACAUUUUACUAGUAAUAUGAAAUUUAUUGUUGUUAUUGUGAAAAAUGUUGCUGUGAAAUUUCGAUUGAAAUGUUCAGAAUUUUUUUAUAAAUAAAAUUUAAUUAUUUAUUUCGGGGUCUUUGGAAGUUAAGGUAGGUACAUUAAUCUGAGUCGAGUGUAAAUAUGAAUAUGAAAUGGUGGAGCCGUAAAUGAUUAGAGUUAUUUCCUAUAAAAGUAAAUAGUCAUAAGCCGUAGCACACUUAAUAGUGUGCGAGAAAAGCACACAGUACACCACGUCACAUGGUACGGAACGCACUUGGUGAUUCAGAGCUCUCAUUUUUUGAAAAUAGUAUUUUAAAUUAUUCACCAAUAUAAAAUAAUUAUUCACAAAAUGAAAUGUUUAACACUACAAGUCCGACUGGCGGGACUUUUGUGAAUUUUCGUGAGUUCGUUGUUCCGGGCUGUUGGCGAAGAUGAUAUAGAAAUAAUGUUUACACUGAUUUGGUAUGAGGUUUUAAUAUAAAAAGCGACACAAUAUGUAACUAACAUAAAAUACAAAAUGAGUUGAGAAUCGUACAGUUAAACUAAGACUCGCAAUAUUUUACUAGUGGUCGUCGCGCGCGCUGAGGGCAUGUGUUUUCGCGCUCAGAGAGCUCUGUCUCAGCGGGGGGUGGUAUCGCACGUUCGGAAAUUUCGUUCCGUUAUAAAUGUUUUUUAAUUAUUUAGAAACUGACUAUUACCUAUUUAAUAUUGCUUAGUAAUUAACUAUGCAGAAAUUAUCAAUUGGAAUAUACUAACGAUGUUUUAUACAUUUGUAAACUAUCUAGAAAUCAUCGAAGAAUUAAGUACCUACCAUUGUAAAAUACUAAUCAUCGAUAUUUUUACAUAUAUUACAUACUUAUUUUUUAUAUUAUAAUAUUAGUGUUCAAAGCUGAAAUAGAAGAAUAGAUAUGUUUUAUGUUGACACAAUAAUUAUUCUUAAGUUUUUUUUUAUGUAGUAAAAUUCCUAGCAGUGUUUAGUAGUGGAAACCAGAGGAUUAGUUUUGCAAAGUAAUAAAACAAUUACACAAUAGGUUUAUACAUUUUUUCGAAAAACUCUAUCCGCGUUUACAUAAAUUACGAUACCUUAACCUUUUAUGGACUUUGCAUUACACACUUCUUUGACUGCCUUAACAAAUGCAGAAAAAUGAUUCACUAUAGAUCCUUGUUGUGUCAAUUGCACUAGAGGCCUGUUUCGCUUGCGCGAACCAGCAACUCGAAGCGAUUUCGGCCAAAUUAAACAAACAAGUGUGUACAAACAAUAAAAUUUCACCAGUUUAUUCAUUUUAAGUCGAUAACAACUCGAUUUAAGACAGCGACCAACUCGAGUUAAGACAUCAGUACCUACUGCUUGAGUUCACACUUGAAAUCGGCGCUGCUCGAGUUGACAUCAAAUCGGUCGGGUGUCGAUUUAUGUGUAUUAUGUAUGGGCGUCGUCGCUUGAGUGCAAAGGGUUAAUUCUCUUGUUUUCCUCGCAAAUUUCACGAGCUCCUUGUUGUUGUGUAGCUACCUAGAAAGGCCGGUAUCAGGCUACAUUACUUUGAAGUACCUAGUAAAAAUUUCUGACAAGUUUUUGAACUUGAUGAUAAAAUCAAUUAGUCUUAUCUUAACAAACCGUUUACUGCUGUUUGUACGAGUUGUACGAGCUGUUUUCACAUCUUCUGGUGAUUGCUAUUGCUAGUUAAAUUAUAACGUGGGUAAUUUUCUUGUAUCGAAAGAACUUUAUAAUAAUUACAAAUGAAACGUAACGCUAUCACAGUUAAUAAGUAGCAUAAAGCGUAUAAACUGACCAUUCGACGACAUCAUGGAAAUAUUUACUGCUCUAAAUGAACCUAAAAGUAUUUUAUCGUAUCAAUGCAGCAGCACUAUAUUGCGUGAGCUCAAAAUGAAGCACAAAGACAUGACACGUCCCUCGAAUUCAUGCGAGAAGGGAGGUUUGACGCCUUAGCUGUUUGAAAUUAGAAAAAAUGGCAUACGAUGCUUUAAUAUAUAAACUUUUUUGAACGUAUUCUCGUGAAUAAAUAACAUCUUAUCGUGUUAUCAAUCACCAGCUGAAAAUAUAAGCCAGUAGUAACCUGUCUUCUUUUAUCCAUUUUUCGUGGACAAUACAAGAAGUAAUUUAUGUAAUGCUUCUCAACUAAUGUUUAGUUCCAAAAUUUAAAAAAAUUAUCAAGUUGAUGUAUUAGAUAUAAAGCUAGAUUGUAAUAGAUUUUCUAGUCAGCGUAAUGUUUUUAUAUUGCUUUAAUUAAAUGAUCAGAAUAA